AUUUUGGAAGAGGGAAUAGCCAUCGGGAUAAGUUAAUGUCGAUGACAUGGAAGCAGAAAAACAUAAGCAAGCACCACUGGUGUUUACAGAUAUAAUUGAUGAAGAUGAAUCAGAGAGAGAGCUUUUGCUGUCAAAACCUACAUGUUUCUUCAUUGUAGGAAAACCAUGUAUUGGGAAAAGGACUCUAGCUAAAAGCUUAGCAGAGGCAUGGAAAUCAAUAUUAGUUGAACCUCAGCAACUUAUACAACAAAACCUUGAUGAAAACACAGAAACUGGGAAAAUGUUUCAAGAAUGUCUGCUUAGAGGUGAAAGUAUCCACGAGGAGCUAGUAAUGAAUUUGAUGUUGGACAAACUCCGCUCUCCAGAGGUUGGUCAUCAUGGCUACAUUUUGUGUGGAUUUCCUUCUUUGUCUGAGGAAUACUUGAGGAUUCCAGAGCAAAUAGAGAUCAUAAGAAAUCUGCAUCUAAAACCUGACUUCAUUAUUAAUAUUAAGUGUCCUGAUCAUGACUUGUGUGACCGUGUGUCUGGACAACGUCAAGACCCUGUAACUGGGAGGAUAUACCAACAAGAAGAAUGGAAUCCAGACAAGGCAGAUAUAGAAGAAAAGAAAAAGGAAAAUGAAGAAGAGGAGGAGAAAGAAGAAGAAGAAGAAUUUGAAGAGAUGGAGGAAGAAGAGAAAUCAGAGGUGACCCCAGAGCUUGUUGCACGUUUAGUGAAGAGACCUGAAGAUCUACUGUCAACCUUUGAAAAACGAGUGGCACUCUACAAAGACAAAUUGCUGAGGCCUUUAGAGGAUUAUAUGGCUGAUCAUGACCCUCAAUAUCUGAUAGAGCUGGAUGGAAACAGAAAACCCAGUGAGCUCUUUAUGUCAUUAAUGUAUAAAUUGGAAUUUAUGGGUCUACAACCAACAGCUACAGCACAACUUCUUCAUGAUGAUGAGGAAGAAGAAAUACCAGAGGAAACUGAGGAUGAUGAUCUGUUCCGAGCUGUUGCAGCUUUGAAACGUACAGCACCGGGAUAUCGUUGGCGUAGAAGCAAGUGGGGUCGAAUAUGUCCCGUGUCUUUAUUUAAUGGGAAUUUUGUUUUGGGCAAAUCACAGUUUGCUGCUAGUUUUCUGGACAAAAUGUAUUUCCUUUCAUCUGAAGAAGCUUUGAAAAAGUUUCUUAACAAUCCUCGACCCUACCUUCUUCCUCCCCAGCCUCACACAGCUUGUAAGAUUGCAAUACUAGGUCCAAAAUCUGCAGGAAAAACCACUCUCUGUGAACUGAUUGCACUCAGCUAUGAUGCAAAGGUGCUGGAUAUGUCCCAGUUUAUACAGCCACAUCAAGAGAGACUGAGGUUUGAGAAUAUUGAAAAGGUUCGGAUGGAAACAUUGCAGUCAGCAAUAGUCACAGUUAAAAACAAGCUGGAAAAAGAGAUAUCAGAACACAUUCAAGCUCAGCCAGUUCCUUUGGUGGCCGAUGUUAUAAAUGAAGAGGAAGAUCAAAGUCCAAGUGUUACCAGAAAUAAAGAGCUUGCCAUGGAUGAAAUAUCAUCAUUAGAUGUUCCAGGAGAAGCUGAACCAACUGAAGAUCCACAGCCACCAAUCACAGAUGAUACAACAGAAGUACCUGUAAACCUUGAUGCUAUAAAAUCGAUAGUUGAAGAAGUGACUGAGGAUCACCCAGAUGUAAAGGCUAUUGUAAAUGAGGCUGUUGAGAAGGCAUUGCAGGCUCCUGUGGAACUGCCAGUUAAUGCCUACAUGGAUGUAUUGGCAAAAGCUAUUUCAGAGAUAAAUGAAGAAAGAAAACAGAAGAAUCCUGAUCAUCCAGUGGCAGGGGGUUGGGUGCUGGACCAUUUCCCUGAAACAGUAGAUCAAUGUAAAGCAAUGGUAGAACUAGGCUUUACUCCUGAUAAUAUCUUCCUUUUACAUAAUGCUGUGGAUGAUGGAAAAUUCCUCCUAAACAGACUGUAUAAUCUAAAUAAAAAUGAGAUUGAUUUCAAUAUAAUACACAGGCUUCAAGCAGCAGAAGCAAAAAAGAAGCUUGAAAAACAAGCUGCACUAGAUGCUUUAAAAGAAACAGAAAAUCCACAGCCAGAAUCAGUGGAAAUGAAAGAGGAAAAUGAAGUUGUUGAAGAAAUUGAAGCAACUUCACAAUCUAAAUCAGAUGAUCAACCAUCUAUAAAUGAAAAUGUGCUUGAAACCAAACCUUCAUUUGAACCACAACCUGCAACUGCACAGGGAUCAGAAGCUGCACCUUCUCCUGCAUCUGCCUCUGAACCACAGUCUGUAGCUGGUCAAGGAUCAGAUGCUGCACUUCCUCAAGCAUCUGCAUCAGACCCACAAUCAGAACCAGAGCCAGAAAUCAAAUUACCUGAGGUUCCUGAGGGAGGUUAUCCAGAAGGCCCAGAAAUGGAUCAAUAUCGCAAGAUUCUCUCUGAUUACAUGCAGAAGUGGAACUUAUUAGACAUGGUUCUUACAACAUCUGUAAAUACAAAAUUGGAGAUUGCUGGAAAAACUCCCGAGGCUCUUCUUGAAGAAGUUGUUGAAGUUUUGAAUAAACCCUACCAGUACAGUGGCUGGGAAUUAUCUGGUACAGACUUAGAUGAAGAAGAUGAAGAUGCUGAAGCAGCAGCAGAGGAAACAGAAGAGGAAGGAGCUGCAGAAGAAGAAGAGGAGAUGGAAGAGGAGUUAGAAGAAGAUGAAGAUGCAGUUCAAAGAAAGAACCGGCAGAUGGGUGAAAGUAAACAUUAUUGCCCUGUGGCAAUUAAAAGAAAAAUCAGUUCUUUUCCAGGUGAUCGAGAAUGUGCUGCUAGAUAUCGAGAGAAAUAUUACUAUUUUUCUAAUCCAGAUGCUAGAGAUAAAUUUUUAAAAAGUCCAGAAGAUUACAUAAAUGAAAAAGAACCUCUGAAGGCACCUCCACUGAGACUAUUCGUAUUUGGAGCCAAGGGAUCUGGUAAGACGACCCACAGCAGAUGGUUGGCAAAUAAAUUGGGCAUCUUUCACAUUCAGUUCACUGAACUUCUCCAGGAGCGUAUUAUUCCUAAAACUAAAAGAAAAAUUGGGCCUGAAUAUGAUGAUGAACCAACAGAGGAUGAGCUGGCUGAUUUAGCAACCAUUGCAGCCCUUGAAAGAGGGGAACAACCUGAAAAAAUUGAAGAUGAACCUGAAGAAAAACAAGAGGAAGAAGAAGUGGAAUUCAGUCCUGAAGAGGAGGCCAUCAAAUCAUUUUUGACUGAAGAUGAACCAUUGCCACCAGACGUUCUUGAUAAUUUAAUUCCAAAAUGGUGGAAUGAAGAACCAUUCAAAUCCAAAGGGUUUGUGCUGGAUGGUUUCCCUAGUACAGCAGAUGAAGUUGAAUAUCUUACAAAUAAUCGUUGUUCCCCAGACACAGCCAUCCUAAUAAAGGUUGAAGACAAUAAAGUGCUGGAUUGGCUGCUUCCUCCACGACUGGCAAAAUGGAGAAGAAAACAUAACCAGAAGCUAGAACGUAAGAAUAAAAUAAAAGAACUGAAGAAAAAAAUAAAGGAUGAACAGAUUGCUAAAAGAAGGGAGGAACUUUUGGCAGAGCGAGCUGAAAGAAAGAAAGAGAGACAGGCUAAUAAACCUGAACCAACUUCAGAAGAAAGUGAGGCAAGUGGUGAAGAAGAAGAAGAAGAUGAAGACGAAGAUGAGGAGAACAUUGAGGAUAUUCUAGCAGAUGAAUUUAUGGCAGAGGAGGAGGAGGUAGAUGAGGAGGAAGAAGAAGAGAGUGAAGUCAUCGAACAGAUGAGAACGGACAUUGGAGAAAAAUAUGAUUCAGAUCAGGAGAGGAUAAGUGCACUUCGGGAUCAACUGAAAGAAUUUUUGAUACCGUGCAUUGUGAUAAAUGGAAACCGUAAACCUCACAUUGUCCAUUACCAGUUGCAUCAGAAAGUAGAACCACUAGUGAAAAAUCGUAUUAGUCUGUUUGAAAAAUGUUUUCCUGUGAAUAUAAAACUUGCUCAAAAGCUGCUGGAUAACUCUUAUAAACGCUUGAGUUCUUUUGGCCGAUGGGAUAUUGUUGAGUUAAGUGAAGGAAAUGCAAUCCAGCCUAUCCAAGAUAUGCAACAAAAUAUCUUCCCUGUUGUCCACCGCAAGUAUGUUUAUUACUUUGUGAGCAAGCAAAACAGAGACAAAUUCAUUGAAAAUCCUUUUAAAUAUAUCACCCAGCCUAAGCCCAGGCCUCCUGUGCCAAUCAAGAUUGCCAUUGUAGGACCACCAAAAUCUGGAAAGAGCACUGUGGCCAGGAGGUUUGCCAGUGAAUUUGGACUUCAACGCAUUUCAGCAGGAGAAGCUAUUCGCACAGUUCUGACUACUCAGAGGAAGACUGCAUUGGCUGUUAAUAUUAGUAAACAUAUCAAACAGGGUUUGAUAGUGCCCGAUAUAUUUGUUGUAAAGUGCCUAGAAAUGGCCUUAAUGGAUGUCGUAUGCAACACCAGAGGGUUUGUCCUGGAUGGAUAUCCCGUAACCAGAGAGCAAAUAAAUCUACUCAAUUCUCGUAAGAUAAUUCCUGUUAGGAUUAUAGAGCUGCAAACAGAUAUAAAAGAGAUUUUGAAGAGGGGUUUAAUUGACAAAAGGUCACCUGACAGGAUUUAUCCACUCCAUGACAGUUCUCAGAUUCUGACUAUUCGAAACUCAUCAUUUAGUCAUGAGAUUAGUGCUAUCUGGGAAUAUUAUCAAAGGGAGUAUCAAAAUUGGCAUAUUAUUUAUGGACAACACAGCAAGUGGUGGGUGUGGCUAAAAGUGCUAGAAGACGUCAAAGUCAGUGUAAAACAGAUUGAAGAAUAUCUGGAAAGAAUAAGCGAAGGUAAAGCUGCCAGUAUUGCUGGUCUGUGCAUCACACCCUACGAACUGCAAUCCCGCCUUGGAGAGUUUGGGCAAUACUGUCCUGUCACCCUUCAAUUACAAGAGGAACUGCAAGACUGUUCUGUCGAUCCAUCAUUGGAAUUUGCAGCAGAGUUCCGAGGACACUACUAUAAAAUGGCUUCAAAGGAAGCUCUGGAUACAUUCUUGGAGAACCCAGAGAUGUUUGUACCUCCACUAGUUACUAAUACCCUUCCACCACCUGAUAUGUUACCAAUAAGGCUUACUGCAGCUGGAGUGAAGGCCAGAUUUCCUAAACAUGCAGAAUUGCAGGGCUACUGUCCGGUUACAUUUCUGGAUGGAAAGGAGAGAUAUGAAGCCUUGAUACCUGGACACAUUGAUUAUGCAGCCGAGUACAGAAAUAAAAUAUAUUUUCUUCAGGAUGAGAAACGCCUGAAUAGGUUUAUGAGACGUCCUGAGAAGUACUGGGAUCUGAAGCUCCCGAGUAAACUUCCACCAAUGAAGGAUCCAGUAGCUCUCACUUCACUUCCAAUGCUUGGAUAUAUGGAACAAGGAGCAGCGGUAUCAAUAAUUAAAGCUUUAACAGCUGUAGGCUGUCUGAAGCCAAAAUAUCCUUUCUUAAGUGUGAAGAAGUCUGCACUUCUCUAUAUUUCAUAUCAUCUUAAAGCAUACAACCCAAAAAGUUAUGACUAUGUGAGAAAGAAGUACAAAAAGAAGCUGGAGCAAUAUGAGGAACACUGUGAACUUAUCAGCUACCUUGGAUCAAAGAUGACUAGAAAGUACAAAGAACCCAAAGACAGACCCAUUGACUUUGAUCACAAAUUACAAACCUUUCUAUCGCUCAAAAAUGCAGAACCAACGUUAACAAGCGUUCCUUAG